AUGACUUGCAGGGCCUCAAGCACGCCCCGAUUGGAAGCUGAUGGAUGCAAAACUCCCACCACGGCUGUGCCAGAGUGUCCGAAAGUCCGAGUUCUCGAUUCUGAAGCCACUAAACGCAUGUUGGCUUCGUUGUACAGGACGCUCCAGCGACGGUUACUUACUCUCUUGCAAGCUGUCUCUCUGAAAGCAAAGCGCUUCACUGGCACCACAAAGCCGUUGACGUGGAGCACUGUGCGAGGUCUCGAGUCAGCCGCAGCAACUAAGAGGAGUCCCAGCGCUCUUCCAACAAGCACCAAGGUUGUGCAUCAUCCGUGCAGCGGGCUGGCUCACUCAAGAUGCAAAGCGGAAGAUUUUGCCAAAGAUCUGCACCUUUGCUUGGAGUGCAGCCUGCAAGGCAUGCAUCCUGAAAGCUUUGAGUGCAUCAACCGCUUUCAGCGGGGAUGA